AUGAAGAACCGUUCCUCAUCUCCCCCUUUGCACGUCCAUGUGGAUGAAAACACCCCUGUCCAUGUCCAUAUUAAAAAGGGUCAGAAAACCACACCUGCAAAAUGCCAGCAGAAGCACAAACAGAAGAAUAAAGGGGAUACUAUAAACAUCAGCCGAACAGCUCGGGUGAAAACCAAGGCCCCUUGGAUACCCCCAGGCAAAACAUCUGUCCGGGACUCCCCCUCCAAGUGGGAGGGGCCAACUCACCGCCUGGAAAUCACACCUCCAGACUCAGACAAAAUGCUGCGCCUGAGUGACCUCUCUACAGAUGAGGAAGAUGCUGUGUGCAGCAAAAUGAAUGAAUAUGAGAAGAAGAUAGAUACCCUGAUGAACGUGGUGGGAUCGCUGAAGACUGAGGCCAAGCUGCAGAAAAAGGAGGAGCAGCAGCGCAUGGCGAAGCGUCUCCUUGAGGAGCAGAAAGACGAACUGAAUGAAGUCACACAAGAGCUGGUGGAAACAGAACACGAGAACACGCUGCUGAGGCGCAACCUGGAGCGCAUAAAGGAGGAAAAAGAUCUGACUGUGCUAGAAAAAAAGUGCUUGCAGCAUGAGAAGGAGUGUUUGAUGUCCAAGUUGAAUGAGGCAGAAAGAGAUGGAGCAGCAGCAGCCAGGCAGAUCUAUGUCCUGAAACAUACAAUUGAGAGACUUAACACAGAGAAGCACAUGAGCAGCUCAGACAUUAGUGCAUUGACAAGACAAAAAGAGCUCCUGCUCCAGAAGCUGAGCACCUUUGAAGAAACCAACCGGACGCUACGAGAACUUCUCAGAGAGCAACACAACCGGGAGAAUGCUCAGAAGAAGCUGGAGCAGCAAGGAGUCCUGGCAAAACUGAAAAGGCUGGCUGAUGCAGAUGCAGAGAAAGUGCAACUUCAGCUGAAGCUUCGGUCGAGAGAGGAAGAGGUGGACAAUCUCACCAUUCAGAUAGCGGAAGAAAAGCGCCAGGCAAAGGCAGCAUCUGAACUCUCCAAGUCCAUGGAGGCCGUGAGAGGCCGUUUACAAGCGCAGCUGCGACACAAAGAAGCAGAGAACAACCGUCUGAGUACACAGAUACGAAAUCUGGAGCACAGCGAAGCUCAGCAUAAGACAGAGAUGGAACAGGCCCUGGAACAACUGAAAGAACUAAAGCAGAAGGCAGACUGGGAUAAAGAUUCCCUGAGGAAAACCAUCCGUGCCCAGAAAGAUCGGGCAGAGCGGAGUGAAGAGUAUGCGGAGGGACUGAAAGUCCAGCUGGCAGAAAAGGACAGCUACAUUGCUGAUGCUCUGUCUACUCUGGAGUCCUGGAGGAGCCGCUACAACAAAGUAGUCAAGGACAAGAAUGACCUUGAGCGGGAGAUCGUUACCCUGAACAGCCGUGUUGCAGAGCUGCUGGAACAGCAGACAGCCCUGGAGGCCAAGAUGCGGGAGGACAGAGAGGCUCUGGUGGGUGAAUUGCACCGACACAACGCAGAGGCUGCUGCCUUAAAGAUGGAGAAUGAAAAGCUCAAGGCUGGUGUGGUCUCAAUGGAGGAAAGGCUGAACCAAGCACAGGUGGAAGUGCAGCAGCUCAGGAACUCUGUCAGGAACUAUGAAGGGUUGAUUGAAAACUACAAGUCCCAGGUGUUGAAGAUCCGAACGGAAGCAGAUGAUAUGGCAGCAAAACUGGAGAAGUGUGAUAAAGAGAAAAAGAUAUUAAAGGAUGAAAUGGAAAAGGAGAUGGAACUGGCACGUAGGCAGUUCCAGAGCAAGCUUGCUGAGCUGGAAAAGCUUCCUGAGAUUCUAAAGUUCACAGAGACAAGGCUGGCAGAAUGUCAGGAGAGGCUUCAGAAUUACGAGAAGAACAACGUGGACCUGUCUGUCAUGAUUGGAGAUCUUCGUCAGCGGAUUGAGCUCCAGGGGGACAAAAUGGAGAUGACAAGAGAGAGGUAUCAGUCUGCCCAGGAGGAGAAAAAGCAGCUCACCUUGAAGGUGGAGGAGCUAGAAAGAAAACUAGAGACCACAAGUGCCCAGAACAUAGAAUUCCUGCAGGUGAUAGCAAAACGUGAGGAGUCCAUCCACCAGUGCCAGCUGCGGUUAGAGGAGAAGACCCGUGAAUGCAGCUCCUUGGCAAGGCAGUUGGAGAUGGCCAUUGAGGAUGCCAAAAGACAAGUGGAACAAACUCGAGAACGAGCAACAUCUCGAGAGAGGGCAGCCCAGUCCAAGAUGCUGGAUUUGGAGACCCAGCUGAGUAGGAAUAAAACAGAGCUGAACCAAUUGCGUCGGAGCAAGGAUGAUGCGGAGCGCCAGUACGAAAGUCGCCUGCAGGAUCUGAAGGACCGGUUGGAGCAGUCGGAGAGCACCAACCGCAGCAUGCAGAACUAUGUCCAGUUCCUCAAGUCUUCCUAUGCCAACGUGUUUGGAGAAAGUGCCUUGCUGGGCUCCCCCAGCCACUCUCGUUCUCCUCCAUGAGGAUAAGGCUCUCCCUGCACCUCUAAGCACAAAAGGAGCCCUAUUUCAAAGCCAUACAUUGUGUAGAAAAUAGGUCGGCAUUUCAGGGUCUCU